UAAAGUUGAACCACAAUGUUAUUCAGAACUUACACUUCAAACUCAGGACUGUCAAGACGAGUGGAUUCUAUUCAGACAAGAGAGGGAAUAGAAACAGUAACUUCCACCGAGAUCACAUCUAGUCUACACCAUGCAUUUCAGCUGAGCUGCAACUGCCAAGGAAUGAUGAGAACGAGAAUGAUGGGCGACCGAAAAGAUUUUCCAACAGUUUUCAUCUUCACCUUUGCGGUGGUGCUGAGCUGCUGCCAGGCCUCUAGUUCCUUUCUACCCCACGUCACUCGGACAAGUGAUGCCGUCAUCAUCGACUUUGAGGGCUCAGGAUAUGCUGCUCCCAUUCAAAGCAAGAACGUCUAUGCUAAUCCAGCCUUCGCUCCACAGCCAUUUUUCAAUCCUUACGCCAUGAUGUACCAGCACCCACAGCAGAUGAUGUACAAUGGAUGGUCUUUCUUUUACGGGCAUCCUGGACGUAGUAACCCAGCAGGUGUCCCAUCUACCAGGCAGUAUGAGGAAGAAGAGGUCAAAGGAAAGCAAACGGUAGGACAGCAAAUACAAAUUUCAGGAGCGACGACAACAACAGCCAAACCAACGACAACAACAACAAAAGCACCAGCACCCGCACCAGCACCAGCAAUUCAGUGCGGCCGUGGACCGAACAAAUUCCCCUACCAUGAUCACGACCAUGAUCGGACUGCGAUUAGCGAAAGGAUUUCGCUUUCAGACGGGGGCGAACCUGAGGUAGUGGUCCAAGCCAAAAAGAACGCCUGGCCGUUCGUGGUCACCCUGAAAAAUAGUAAAGGUGUCUUAUUUUGUGCUGCAACUUUGAUUAGCGACACAAGAGUAUUGUUGGCUGCUCAAUGCAUGGAACAGUUGUCUUUGAUUGACAUGUCGGGUGUAACUGUCUUGUUUGGAGUGACGGGGCCAACAAACAUCCAAAUGACGAGGAGAAUCAGUAAACUUUAUCUUCACAGCAAAUACAAUGCUGCCAACUACGCCAAUGAUAUCGCCAUCAUUAUUUUGGACUCGCCGGUGGUGCUUUCCAGGAGUGUUGCACCUGCUUGUUUGCCACCGGCCAGUUCCGACCCCGACCAAUACGCCGACAAAAAAGCCAUUAUUUUGGGAUGGGGAACGGCUGAUAUCAAUACCCCCAGCGAAAAUCUGCUUCAGGCCAAAGUUGACUUGGUGGCCAACUCCGAAUGCAGGUCGGACUCUGACUUUGGAAGAUUUGUUUCCGACACGAGUCUCUGUGUUAGUUCUACGGACGUAUUCACAUGCGCAGGUGACAUCGGCGGCCCAGUGGUCAACCUCCCGGCUCCAGGGACUUGGACCGUAAUCGGAAUCAACAGCUACACCAAGAGUGACUGCACUGCCACUGGCCUGAAAACCAGAGUGUCGGCCUAUAGGGACUGGAUUGACCAAUACAUGAACUGAAAAAGACCCACAAGGACAACGGCGGCGACCAUUUUGAUAUGACAUGAUUAUGGAAACCGAAUUCAGAUCUUCUUUUUAAUGUUAAUUCGUUUUCGGCUCACCAAUGUUAAUUAUUUCAUGCCAUGCUAUUUAAAGCAGCAGAGCAUACCAUUUAA